AUGUCCUCCCCUAUAAUGAGUGACCCGCCGCGGCCAUCCCCGUCCUUUGGCGAGCGCAGAGGUCAUCAACUGGCCCCAUUGCAAACCAAUUUUAGCCGACCCACGGCCAAUUCGUCCAAAACAACUUCCACGCGAUUGCAGCGCCCUCGGCCGACCGAUUACCCCAGUACCAAUGGCUCCGAGAACCCCGUGCCGCUCCAAAGUCCCGUCAAGCGACAAUCGUCCAAGUCGAGCUUGCGCAGUCUUUUUGCCCGCGAUAAAUCACAACGUGCGGCAGCAGCCCCCGACGCCAAAUUGGCCGAGAUUGAGGAAAACCAACCGCCAACAAACCCGGAGCCCACGGAGACGACCCAGACAGUGACGGUGGCAGAUGCCCCCUUGUCGCCAUCAGUGACCAGUCCCCGAACUGUCGUGUCAACCCCGACAUUGACCUCUCCGACCACCCCGCGAGCUCGAACAACGUUGAAAACACCGAGGCCGAGACCAGCAGCAACGGAUUCCAAGCCAGUUUCACAGGAUCAAUAUGGAUGGAAACCGCCCCCGCUUUUCCAGGCAUACCCUCAAUCUUAUAAACAUGAAUGCCUAUCUGCGCCGGCCAUGUCUGCGGACGCAAUCCUACGUCUCCAUGCUACGACGGGGAAGUCAAUUGCUGAAGUAGCGCCAGAUGAAACUGCCGAUGCAGCCCGGAAGAAGCGAGAGCAGAAAGAGCGCAAGCAUCUUCGGACAUUGUCAGGCACGAUCAACAAGGUUGAGUGGACUACAAAGAUCUAUGUCCUCGCAACGGCGGGCUUUAUCCUCCAGUACGCCGGCGAAGGGAAGAAUGACCGCCUUCCCGAGUGUAUGCUGCAAUUGGGUCCUCAGUCGGUAGCGUUUGCCAGUGAUGCUAUUCCCGGGAAGCAUUGGGUGCUUCAGGUAUCGCACAAGGCUGCAGCAGAGAACGGGCCAGGGGCUUCCGAACCCGCGAAAUCGGGCCGUUUUUCUCGAUUCGGGUUUCAUCGAUCAAACGCAAAGCGGAUGGCGAGUAGCUUCCUGUUGGUCUUUGAUAGCCCCGAUUCUAUGAUCUCCUGGCUCACGGCCGUUAGGGCUGAGAUUGAAGUCCGUGGGGGUCCCAAGUUCACCGCGGAGAAGCACUCUGAUGAUGACCAGAUGCCUCAGCUUCGGAGCAAGUCCAGUGCCCGCAAUAUUGUGAAGAAAGACCCCCAUCGCAUCUCCAGCCUGUUCUUGCAGCCGCAGGGUAUUCGCUCGCCCGAUGAAGAAGACGGUUCAUCAGUCGGCGGAAUGACCUGGCAGUCUCGACGAAGCUCGUACGUCUCGAUGAACCGCCAAUCCAUAAUCGACUCGCGCUCUGGCUCGGUAUCCACAGGCUGGACAGAGGCCACAGGACCCAGCAAUGGCUCCGACAUUCAAUCUUCAUCAUUCACUUCAGUCAAUCCUCCCAACUCACCGCCUCAAGAUAGCAGCCGUCCCUCUGAUGAGGCUCGGUCGAGGGACGUUGAUUCAACCAACACCCGUAGCCCGCCCACAUCCAGUCACGGAAAUGCCAAACGCCAAUCUCUUUAUAUGUCUGCCAAACUGCAAGAUUUCCCUGCCGUUCCUCGCUCCGAAGCGAUUCCAUACAGCCAAUCUCCACCACCCAAUAUACCCGACUCAUUAGUACGCAGUGCUUCCCCACCAGCACCAAACUUUAGCGUUCCUUCAUUCAGCAAAAAGUUUGUAGCAAGGCCCGGGCCGCCUCCUUUGGCCUCUCCACCUGCGCCUCUAGCUGGUGUUCUCCGACGGGGUGAGAGUAUUGGAGACUUUAGCAUCUCCAGUAUCUCCUCCCCUCCGCAGUCCCCCACAUACAGCGUUGCAAGCUCGAAGCAGACCGACUCUCCAGAACCAAUACUUAUUACACGGGAACCCAACGGCCGACGCAUCCUCCGGCCUUCCAACUCCGAGGACGCCUUGUCCAGAACCGUGCGCUCAUCACAAAACAUGGUCAAUCUCUCACGUUUACCGCGUUCUACGCCUUCCGAAACCAGUCCUCCGCCAUCUCGCCCACUAAGCAUGGUUGGUCGCUCUGGAUUAGGAAUUCAGAUGAACGGCGAGCCACCCGCCCAGAGCUUGCCUCCAGGGGAACCUCUCCCAGUUCUGCGCCCCCGAAUGUCCAACAUGAACAUGGAUCAAAACCCGCAGAAUAUAUCCCGCCGCAAGAGCAUGCCAGGAUUGACCAUUGGGCCUCCAGCGGCACCCCCACCAAACUGUCCACUCCCUAAAAUACCCUCGCCUAUUGCUGCUCAAGCGGCGCCGGUCUGGUCCACGAGCCCUCCUCCCGCUCAACCUCCGAUUUGGUCGACAAGCCCUCCUCCCGCUCAACCAGCACCAUCCUGGUCGGCGAGUCCUCCUCCUGGCCAACCCUCGCCGGUUUGGUCGACUAGUCCUCCUGCCGAUCGGUUCUACCAAUCUCAACAAAUCCGUGACCAUAUCCAACAAGACAGACGAAAGAGCGGUCUCCCACCUAUCAAUCCUGCACCUGCUAAUGGCAAGCUAUCAAAACAAGCUGCACGACAGUCCAGGAUGAUCCAAUGA